GCCGGCCGCUGCCGCUCCGCGCUCCUCCUCCGCCCCUUCGCUGGGAAGUGGGAGGCGACUCCGCGAGCGGCUGGGUCGUGGGAGUGCGCGCGGGGUGUUUUUUCCCUCCCCUCUCCCCCACUUCUUCCCCUUUCUCUCCUCUCUCGCUCUGCGUCUCGGUCUCCUCCGUUUCCUCGAGUGUUGCAAACAGUUUCGGGUGGAAAAGUGGAGCCGGCAAGGUUGGAUGCUGUAGCUGCCGCCGCCGCUGCCGCCGCCGCCGAUGAUCCAGGCACCCGGGGCGGAGUAGAAAGCAUGGCCGUGUCUUCUCCCCCGAUUAUCCCGGCAACUUCGAGCGGCGGCGGCGGCAGCGGGGGCAGCGGCGGCACCGGCAGCGCCAGCAGCGCCGCCAGCGCUGGGGGCUUGUUCCGGGCGGACGCGCUCUAUCCCUCCAGCCCGUCGGAGUCCCCGCGCCUGACUAGCAGCCUCAUCCACAGCUUCAUCGCCAGCACCGCCAACGCCGCCACUGGCGUGCCGGGCAGCGGAGCUGGAGCAGGAGGAGGAGGAGGUGGUGGUGGCGGCGGCGGCGGGAACGAGUGCAAGAUGGUCGACCUGCACGGGGUGAAGGUGGCUUCAUUCCUGGUGGACGGGCAGGAGCUGAUUUGCCUGCCGCAGGUCUUCGACCUCUUCCUCAAGCACCUGGUCGGAGGGCUGCACACCGUCUACACCAAACUCAAGAGGCUGGACAUCGCGCCCGUGGUGUGCACCGUGGAGCAAGUGCGUAUCCUGCGCGGGCUGGGCGCCAUCCAGCCCGGCGUCAACCGCUGCAAACUCAUCACGAGGAAGGACUUCGAAACUUUGUACAACGACUGCACCAAUGCCAGUUCACGACCAGGAAGACCCCCCAAGCGCUCUCUGGGGGUUGCAAUACAAGAGAACACGCGCCUCCUGCCCCACGGAGUACCAGGCCUCUUAUCACCAGGACUUAUCUCCCCAACAGAUAUAAGAACUUUGUUUUUCCCUGAUGAAAGCCACAUAAAGUUUGCAGAGCUCAAGACCCUUCAAAUACAAGGUCUAACAGCAGCUGCCAUGGCAGAGGCGAUGAAAUUGCAGAAGAUGAAGCUGAUGGCCAUGAAUAGCCUUCAUGGAAGUGGGAGUCAGAAUGGGACAGAAUCUGAGAAUGAGGAGCUGAAUUCCAAUGCAGGUGGAAGUGAAUCUUCAUGGGAUAAAGAGAAACUUCAGUCACCCAUCCCACCGGGAUCUCAUCACGGGGUCAGCCAUGCGACUCUGGCAGGGCAACCAAGUUUGGGAAGUGCUCAUCCUCUCAGCCCUCUGCAGCAAAACCAUCUGCUCACAAACAGAAUAGAUCUGCCUUUUAUGAUGAUGCCUCACCCACUUCUCCCAGUUGGCCUACCUCCUGCUUCGGUGGCAAUGGCUAUGAAUCAGAUGAACCAUCUCAACACCAUAGCUAACAUGGCAGCUGCAGCUCAGAUGCACAGUCCUCUUUCAAGAGCAGGAGCUUCAGUUAUAAAGGAGAGAAUUCAUGACAGCCCUUCACCAGCCCCGUCCAUGGAAGAGAGUCAGCGGCCCGGGAGUCAUGCCUCUUCACACCAGAGCAGCAGCAUUUCAAGUUCUCCAUCGCAGCUUGACAACACAUCAGAUAGAAUUGGCAUGCUGCCAACUAAUAGAGAUGGUGAACCUGUGGAUCAAGAGCCUGGGCCCAACCCAAAGAAACUCCUGAAGGAAAAAGAAGAGAUGCAGAUUGGCAUCCCAAUAAUGGCACCAGCCCUAGAGAAGAUCCAACUGGCUGGGCAGAGUGUUCCUCCUGGUUUCCGUGCACCUUUUCUUUUUGCAGAUGGAUUGUCCUCCGUAGAAACUUUAUUAACCAACAUACAGGGGUUGCUGAAAGUUGCUGUAGAUAAUGCUCGAGUGCAGGAGAAACAGAUCCAGCAGGAAAAGAAAGAGUUGAAGAUGGAGCUGUGCAGGGAGAGAGAACUGAGAGAGAGUCUGGAAAGGCAACUCACUGCUGAGCUGCAGAACAGAGCAAUAAUUCAAAAGCGCUUGAAGAAAGAGAAGAAAGCCAAGAGAAAAUUGCAAGAAGCUCUUGAGUUUGAAUCAAAGAGGAGAGAGCAAGCGGAACAGGCACUUAAACAGGCAACAUCAGGCGAUAGUCUCAGGAUGCUAAAUGAUGCUGGGAUUCCAGACAUGGAGGCGGAACGCAAUGGAACCCAACAUGACAGUGCGCCAAUGCAAGAUUUCUCCACCUGUGGCCCUCCAGAUAUCGUUUGUCUCAAGCAGCAAAAUCUCUCAGGCCGGUCUUGCCCUUGGAAACCACCACUGUUUCCUCAGCAUGCAAGUCUUAACUCUUCACUCUUGUGUGGGCGUCCAGCAGGCAGUUGCAUUGUAAAGCCGAAGAAAAGAUUCACAUUUGAAUGUUCUUCUGUUUCAGUUGCCAUAACUCACUUGCGGGGCCAAAUGCAGGGAUGGUGCAUCAACCAAUUUUUAUCAACCAAUCUCCGUUUCCCAUAAAAUAAACAUACUGGGUGUCAUUAAGUGCACCUUCAGAUCAAUGAUUUUUGCAAAUGACAUUCAAGUACCGUUCGAGUGGUACAUUUUUUGCUGAUAAAAGCAAAUUAAAUUAGCACAACUACAAGCGGUGCUGAUAAAAACUGAAGCUCGAACAGCAGCACCAUUAGCUAACAAAGUAAUAUUUUCUCUUUACUGCUUUCUGCCAUUUAGUUAUUAUCCUAUUGGAAAUCUAAUUAUAAUCCUUUUACUCCCCAGUCAAACUUCACAGUUUUUGCAAGCUUAGCACUGACAUGUGAUUUCAUUACGUUUGAUUGCUCGCACCCAGAUUGACUUAACUUCACUCGGAGACCUAAAAGCCCUCUCAGUUUCUCAGAUUCCCUGUUUGCACAUUACAGCAACAGCUCCUUUAAUUAAUUAGCAUGAACAGCAGUAACAUGAACUGCUGAACAGAAAAUAACAUCAUUUUAUGAUCGCAGGGAGACUUCUCCUUUUGCAUGUUUAUACCUUAGUUAACUUUUGUAUAUUAUUAUAUUUCAUUUAGUAAGAGCCUGUAGGUGCAAAAAAGAGGAAAAUAAUAACCCAUGCUAGUGUUUCAUCUUUCUCUUCUUCUAUAAAAAUAAGAGUUAAUACUCCUUAAUAUUACAGAUGUACUAACACAGAAAACAUGAAAAUCUUCACGUUUAAAAAACAAAAUAACAGCAAACUUGUAGGGUGAUUAAAUUGAGCACAUUUAGAGGCCAGUGAUUUCAUUUGGAAAGUCUUGACAAAAUCAGUGAGACCUUAAAAGAAGGCCUGAGCAGAAUCUUCUGAAAUAGAAUAUUUUGAAAUUGAAAGUUAGAAUGGUGGGAGGUAUCCCUUCUUUGCCACCACUUUGUAGUUCUGGCAGCAGCAGUAACCACAUUCCCUGCCACUGUUCAGCACCCAUGUUUUGCUUUAGUUGCAGCAGAAAAUAUGAGCCUCACUCUGGUUUGGCUUCAUGAUAUCAUCACAAAACCAUUUUAUUGUCCUCACUCUGAAUUGGCUUUGUUGGCUCAUCAUGAAAUCAAAUCAGAGUGAGGGCAUUGCUUUCUUGCUCUUGCUCUCAUGUUGCAUUAUGCAGCUAAAAGAAAUAAUGGGUGCCUCUCAUCAACAUGGGGUACCACCAGUGUUGCCAGUGGCAGAAACAGAACUGGCAAACUAUUUGUCUCUGUUCCCACCUCAUCCUGAAGAAUCACUGGAAGGGGGAACGUUUUGUACAUCUUGAAAAGGGUGAAGAUGAGACUGAAGCUUGAGAGCUCCAGUUUUUACUGUAUGUAAUCUGGAAUAGAGUUAGAGCACCAAUCAGCUAGUAUGCUUUGCUAAACCCCCUUCUCACUAAAUUACUGUAUGACCUAAGUAAAGGGGAACAAUUCAAAUAUGUGGGACCCCCUCCUUCAGAAAUGGUACAGUCUAGCAUUAUAGUUUGCUUAUUGGACUGUUUUUAUUGGUCCUCGCUGAGGACUAUCAAGGACAAGAGCAGAGCUUUUCUCCUUAGCAUUUAUUUAUUUGCUGGCUUGCCAUUUAAUUGCCAAAACUCUACAUGUAGGGAGAGAUUUGAACACACAGCAGUGUAUUCAAACAUGCAGUCCUGCCACUUACACUCUGAAGUUUUCAAGUCCCAAGAGAGCAUAAGAACUGGCCUAUAGAAGCUGU